AUGGCUAAAAUUAUUGAUAAAUUCCCUACUUAUAACGAUUUUUGGAAUGAAUACCGAAAAAACUUUCUCGAAACUAAAACAGAACCUAUUAUUCUGGCUUCGCAUACAAUUAUUUCCCGUGAUGUUUACUAUUAUUAUCGGGAAAGUAAUUAUUUUGAUAAUGAAAACGCUUUUUACGGACAAUUGUUUAGUAAAAUUAACACUGAUUCUAUUUCUUAUGCUAAAUCACAACAAAUAUUUACUAAUUUAAUUGAACCUUUAAAGAUUAAAGACAAAGAAUUAUUUAUCAUUGAAAAAAAAGUUGAGCAUAGUAAGGUAAACGAAAAAAUUACUGAAAGUCCUCAAACUACUGAUUUUGUUAAUAUUCCCUAUACUCAAGGAGAAACCAUGGAAACUGGUGGAACUUAUGGAAGAGCAACAAUCUUAAAGCAACAAAAAAAAGAAUUAAAAAACUUUACUAAAGAUGUUAUUAAAGGUCGUCGCAUAACUAAUGAAGAUGGCAGUGUUACUUACAAAGAUACUUAUGAUAUUGAAACAAUAAAAGGUGAGAAAACAUGGUUAGGUAGAUUGAUUAAUGCUUUACAGCAUGUUAAAGUAGAACCUAAUGAUGAAAAUUUUUAUUUGGAAUGUAUAACUCGUUAUCGAGCGAGAAAAGAAAAAGAAAAGGCACCAGCAGGAAGUUUAACAGCCUUGGCGCUAGAUAAACAAAAAGAAUUAGCCGACGGAUUAAUUAAAGCUUGA